AUGCUCAAGCUUCUGCUCGCCACGACCGAGCCGAGCCCUUUGCGACUCGAAGACCGGCGCCAGCGACAGCUCCAGUUCCUUCGUGGCCAGGCUUUGGAUGCACGUGAUUUUGAGACCGCACUUCAGCAGCUGGUGCUGGGUUACGUGCAAGGGCGCAGUGAUGUACUCGCAUUGGAGCUUUACUUGGAGCUCGCCACCAAACGUCGGCCGCCACAAUUGGCUCCCGAGGCCGGAACAAUCCUGGUCAAUGCGGCCAGUGAGCGCUACUGCCGAGUGGCUACCGCCUUGUGCAAGGCGCAUACUCUUCAACAACAAACGCGGGGCUGGGCAUUGCUGCUCACUCUUUUAGCCACUUUUCGGCCCGAGGUUCCCCGUUCGCUGGUCGAACAACUUCAAGAUGCCUUUCGGCAGCUCGAGCUAUCGGAGGCGGGGCCCUGGACCUUGUUAUCAUCAGCCAUAUCGUUGCAUCCAGUUCUCUUCGAGAGCAGUCAUGUUGCGCAGCAGCUGGAGCAGCGGCUUGCUCUCUUGGGACGCACACACGCCGAUGCCCGGCACACCGAUCCAAGUUUUGUCACUGAAGUUGAGCUCGCUGCUGCGGCCAUCACCAACCUGCAUCGGGCCCAGGGUAGCUUAGUGCCCUUUUUCGCCCGGGUAUUCAGCUCUCUGCGAGAUUGCGUACCUGGACUCUCCUGGGCAGCCACGAUGCGCCGCAUGCCGCAAGACACGGUGCAAGUGCUCUGCAGCCAGUUGCAGCAGCUUUCUCAAGAGGAAUUCCGGCACACGCUGAUCGAAUCUCGACAUCGCCUGCCUGGGCUGGCCAUCUACCUUGCCAUUCCUGAAUGCAGCCUCGCUGUUUCGUCGGUUAUGGCCACCAUGGUGUUUGGACUUGUUGGAGACGAAUUUGUGAUGAGCCAACUUCUUCUGGCUCUCGAGUCCAUGCAAGAAACCGGCCACAACUUCACAGCCGUGGAAGAGGAGAGUUGGCCUGGACCAUGGAACAAUGCUGUCCAGAUCGGCCCCACACGCCGCGUGGGAGCUGGGGCCGUGGCCUAUGUGCCCCGAGCGAGUCAAGCCCCGGCUUUACGCAACCUGGGCAAUACAUGCUAUAUGAACGCAGUGCUACAGCUCUUGGCGCUCAUUCUACCCAGCACGCUGACUGGAGAAGGGCGGUUAGCGCAAGCCGACCUGGUGGAAGACUACUUCUGCGAUCAAUGUCAUGCCAAGCGCACUGCCUCUGCGCAGACUGGCAGCCGCAAGCUCAUGACCCAAGUGCAAGUGCCUGAGCAAGUUGACAUUGGUAGCCAGACCUAUGGCUAUCGCGGUGCAGUGAUCCAUCUGGGAGAGCACGCCUCAACCGGGCAUUACAUUGCCCACACUGCCAUUAUGGCACAUCUCUUUGACUUUGAUACACUGGUGACGAGCGGGCCACGACCGACCACGUCGGUGGCACCCCCACCAAAUGGCGGCAAGCGCAAGGCAUCCAAGAGUGACGUGUCUUUGAGUGUUCCGAAUCCCGCAGAGGCGCCGGCUCCCAAGCGUGAGCACCUGGCCAAAAGCACACGGGGCCGGGGUCCGGGUCGUGGACGCGGGCGCCAUGUGGAGGUGGUCAAGGGCAACAUCGAGGCUCGGCAAGCAGACCUGGUGGCCCUGCAGCAACGGCAGCUGGCCAGACGCGAAAAGUGGGAAGAGCGACAAUCUGCAGAGAGCGUGCGACAACGCGACCCCAUCACAGUCAAAAAGGGCCCGGUAACUUGGACAUUUCCCCUCCAACCCUGGCGGGGUGGGUAUGGCGGUCAAGGGUUUGCGCGGGCUUCCUGCUUCUUCAACUGUCGUGACAAGGGUUAUCUGGAGGAGUUUACCAAGGUCUGGGACGAGUACAUCCCCAAUUAUCACGGCCUGGCUUUCCAAAAGGCCCGACGUCGUGAGAUGCAGCAGCAAAUGGUCUGGAAGCAGCAGCAGGAGGAACACACGCCGAGCCCAUCUGCCCCCAAACGCAAAGGCCAAACGGUCUUCAAGACGAAAAAUAAAGGCCGGACCAAGAAGGCCGCUGUUACCUACAGUUUAUUAACCCCAACUUGUGAGCCAAAGGAAAGGAAAAGUUGGUUGGCCGUCGUCAUGCCGCCACCCAAAAAGGGUGCAGCCAAGGAUAGCAAGAAGGUUGGGUAUCGCUCUCGACUUGAGGCUGCCAAUGAGGACCCAAUUCCGAGUGUGGAGCUGGUCACCCGGGAAGCGUAUCGCCAAGCCCAACCGUUCAAACAUUUAGUCUUGGAUGGUCAAAACCUGACCAAUCCUGACGGCACCUCACGGUUGUUUGUUACGCUCGAUGAAACGGGCUAUCCCUUCCUGACCGAGCUGUUCUUCUGGAAUCUCACUCUCUCCGACGAUGACAUGCGGGCCAUCUCCUACUUCUUCCGUGCCAAGGCCACGGUUACCAAACUUGAGUUCCUCAACUGCAAGGCCUCGCCUGAUGGCUGGGACGAACUCGGCGAGAGCCUGGGUGUCAAUCCUGCGGUUCAAUCGCUGAGUUGCUCGUUCUGUCCAAUGACUACGGACGGUGUGCGUCGGCUCUUGUUACGGCUGUGUCAUUCUCGAGUGCUCCGCCACCUUGCACUCAAACGGUGCGGACUGGAAGGUCCUGUGGGCGAGUUUUUGCGAGACUUUAUCUGUCGGACCACCUUGGAGGAGGUAGUUUUGGAUGGAAAUCCUUUGGGUCUUGAGGGCUUUCGUUUGCUGACGCCGGUUCUUGAGUUUUGCGAGACGCUGUCCUCCUUGUCUUUGGACGAGUGUUCAAUUGACCUGGUUGACACCCAGGAUGAACAACUCCUCAACGCCGUGCUGGAGAGCUUGGGCGUGCAUCUCGGCGCGUGUGCUUGCUUGGGCACGCUCAUCAUGACCAACAACACGAUGAGCGAUCGCGCUGCUACUGCAUUUCGCGAUGCCCUGAGGGUGCGCAAGAAAGCAGGUUUGCGGGCCAUGAAGGUGAAGCUUGGACCUCGCAUCAACCGUGAUCUCCUCAAAGAAAUCCAAGCUUUUGGAAAAUCAGGUGCCAAGAAGGUGGCCAAGAAAAAGGGUACCAAGAAGAAGAAAAAAUAGUGUUUGAUCGUGUGCCAGCUUUUUCGUCGCGGGCUCACCGUUUGAUGGGUGGGCCGAGCUUUGGACACCUCUUUAAGCGAUUCUCGUUCAUGUACUUGGAGUAUGGAGUAGCAUGAUGACUUUUGAUUAGGUUCUUCAGUUUCCCCUUUUGGCGCUUUGUUGCCCAUAUAAAGCCAAUCGAUUUCAUAACCAGC